AAUGGAUUGGGCUUUACAAAGGCGGAUAUCGCGCCGCGAGAAGAAGUUCCACGCAGCGCGCCGGUGGAUAAGCGUCCGACCAGAGCGGCGUGGCAUGAGAACUUCGAGAGUUCCGGCAGAAGAAAAGGAACCCGAUUAGUAGCGACCAACGAGCCGAGUUUUUUCGCGACAAAAGUUGAGCGGAUCUUUAUCCGGGGGGCGCAGGAUUUCUAUCUCCGGAGGGUGUAUCGGGAGAAACUCGACUACGGACGCUCGAUUUUGAAUGUAUCGAAAAAUGAGGAGGAAGAAGAUGAAGAGCAGCGGGGGCAACAAGCUUCUGCUAGGCAGAGCGAAGAUCAUGAGUUGUUCUUGCACAGGCAAGCGCAAGAAAUUGAAAUGCAGAACGACACAAGAAGAACAGAAGAAAUCCGAGAUCCUUCUGCGGAGAUUGACAAGUACAUCGAGCGCGAGGUGGUCAUUGAGUUCAUCGUCGGGUAUACUUGUGUGGUAAAGACAACAGACACCACGCGGCCGGAAUGGGAAUCCUAUCGGCCGAUGAGUCUCAUCGUGAAGCUGUUCUACGAUACGACCGCGAGAAGAUUUUCGCGAGUUCGAUUGUUGGGGAAAUGGCACAACCACUUGCACUACGACUCACUGUGGCGAAUUCAAGGGACUAUCGAAGAAGAACACGACGGGUGGGGGUUGGUUUUGGAAUGAUAUUGGAUGGAAAAGGAAAUGCAGCAUGUGAAUACUUAUUUAUUCUAUUGAAAUUGAUGUGCAACAUGCAUAGUGGUGGUUGCAGAAGAAUACUGCAUGAAUUGCUGAGAAUAAAGACAAAAAAAUACCAAAUUGAAAACUUCUUGAUGAUGAUCACCAUACCAAAACAAAAAAUCACGC